UCGGGGGCCGCGCCGGGUCGCAUUUCUCUCCAGUGCCCGAGGCGGCUCCGGUCGGGAGAGCCUUUCGCCACCUCCACGGGGACCUCUGUGCACGGAUGGACCCGCCCGGACCCGGCGGGAAGCGGCCUGGCAGGCGGCGGCCCCGGCAGCGUCAGCAGAGGGAGGACAGGGCCGAGGCCGCGGGUCCCUGAGGCGCGCGGGCCCACGGGGCCCGGCGUUGGCACCAUGAUGCCGGGCGAGACCCACUCGGCGGCGCCCGGGACGGCGGCGGACCUGUCGCGGUGUCAGGGCUGCGCCUCCCUGCAGCAGAAUUUAAACGAGUAUGUUGAAGCACUAAUUACCUUGAAGCAGAAAAUUAUUAAUACAGAUAAUUUAUUAACAGAAUAUCAGAAGAAAUGUGAUGAGCUGCAGUUUGCCAGAAGAGAGAAUAGUACUCUGCAUCACCAAGUGGAACAGAUGCUUCAAAAAAUUUCUCCUCUGCAGAAAUGUCAGGAAGAAUUGGGAUCUUUAAAAGCAGAGCUAGAAGAGAAGAAGAGUUCUCUGAAGUUGUACCAAGAUACUCACCAGGAAUAUGCACGUGUAAAAGAAGAAUGCUUGAAAACUGAUGCUCAGAAGAAGAAAUUAGAAGCCAAGGUGAAAAAGUUGGAAGAGGCUGCUGUCAAGCAAACACAGGACUUCAAGCAGCUGAGGAAUGAAAAGAAAAUACUUGAAAAGGAAUUUAAGAAGACCCAGGAACGACUCGACGAAUUUUCUAAACAGAAAAAUGAAAAGGAGUUGAGACAUAUUGGAACACAAAUUUCAAGUGAUUCCUACGGAAGCAUAGAUAAAAGAAAGGUAAAACUACUCCUGAAGGAACUCUGGCUCUGCAUCAAUACCACACACAGACUACCUGGCGAAGGCAGCAGAUGUGUCAUAGAGAAACCUGCCAAAGAGACCCCCGGGCCCACGGAGUCCCAGGACGAUGGUGCACCCCCUCCAGCGGGCAGCAGGCCUCUGAAAGCCGCACCUCUGCAGACAUGCCUGGCGGAACUGUCCAUGGAGAUAGAGGGUGACUUCUCUGCAUGUAGGCAUGUGGGGAAAGAGGGGCCUGGUGGACCCGCUCACCAUGAUGACCACGUUUCUAAUGAGGGCCGGCACCCGGAGCUUCCAGUGCCCCGGAAUGACGAGGACAUUACUGACUUCUCUGAACGGGAUGCCUGUUUCGAUGAAGAUCUCCAGGCUGCAGUUGACUUCUUCAGACGCCCACCUCCACUCUUGUCUCCCGUGCCAUCCCCCCCUCUGGUAUCCUUACCACCCCUGAGCACUUUACCUUCUUCGCUCGCACCCGAAACCUACUUUGGAGAGUAUACAGAUUCCAGUGAUAACGAAUCGUCCCAUAAUAGAAAUUCUCCUGAGUCUGUUUCAGAAGAUGAGACGUCUGGAUCACAGUAUUUUGGUUCGUCCAGAAAAAGUAAAGGAAGUAGUGGUACCUGGGAGGAAAAGCUGAAAUCACAUGAAGCCAGCCAAGCCCUAACUACAUUGGAAGUCAACGAAGUGACAACUGUUGGGUUUGGGACAUUUACAGCAACACUUCAGCCUUCAGCCACAUACUCCUUAGCUCAUGAGAAACAUUGGAUGGUGUCCUCUGAAUCCACUAGUGGUGGGAGAAGAGGCAUUUUAGAUGAAGCACAGAGACAGAGAGAGGUUAAGGAGGUGGAUAAGUCGGUGCAGACAGAGAACACACUUCACGAACCUAUCAGAAACGUGUGUGUGGAGAUGUUGUCUGGCAGCCGGGCACAGGGCAGGGGAGCAGCCCCCCAGAAGUCUGACGUGUGUUCUUCCUCACUUGGCAAGAGGCCAUUCAGUGAGCUCACAGAAUCUGAAGGAGAAACCCUACUAUCUGAAAUGAUAGGAUCACCCAAAUCACAAUUUACUAGGUGGACACUAAGUAAUGAUAUCCCUCUGGAAUCGGAUCAUAUGUCCAUUUCUGACCAUUUUCAGGGAAUGUGUAGAGUACUGGGAAAGGAGAGGGAUGUUCCAGGGUUUGUUUUAGGAGCAUCACCUGAACCAGAGGACGAUACAGGUGACGUGGUGGGUGCCACAGGGCUUGGCAUUGAUGCCAGGCUUUCUUCCUCUUCUACCUCGGGAACAUCGUCUGUCUGCAGUGGCUCCCCGUCUUCCUCUACUGUCAAGUAUGCUCAUGAUCUGCACAUUCCUGCCCAAGUUAGCCCCCUGGAACUGCAUCACUCUGAACAAAAGUUACAAGCUGAAACCCUGAAUGUGCUAGAUCUGCAGCCUGAGCCCCCAGAGUGUCCUGCCAGAGAGAACCAUCUGGAGAAUAGCUUGUGUGCUUUGAGCCCUGAGUUGGGAACAUCAAAUUUUAAUCAGAGUAGCAGUGAGGUCGAGUGCACAAACGUCGUGAAAGGCAUGCCCAAAGUCUGUUCGCUUCCACAGUCAGUAUUUAUAAAAGCUAUGAAAGAGGCACAGUGUGGAAGUCAGGGCCCCAGAACUGAGCUCCCCCUCACUCGGGCGGAUUCCACACCAUUGCUAGAGUCUCAGUGCAGCUUGACCAAGAGUGGAUUUGGUUUUGUUAAAAGCCCUUCGUGGCACCAUACUGAUCUGUUAAGGAGAGGUGGGGAAGAAAGGCUGAGAGCUAAGUCAGAACAUGAACAGAAGACUAACCAUCAGGUACAAAAGGCAGUGCCAUCCUUAGAAAGUAGAGGAUCCACACCCAGGCAUGAACAUGCUGGAGAAAAUAACCCUGUGGCGCUCAGAGCUACUGCAUCUCUGUUGCCUAACCAAGUGUCAGUGAUCACCAAGCAGGCCAGGCCCGAGGUGGUGUCCAGCACUAGAUGGGAGCCCUGGGGGCGGCAGAGGACUGAGCCUGUCUUCACAGCAGCACAUGCCAGUCCUGGGGCUGCUCCCACAGCCUCUGUUGCCGGAUGUGCCAGAGAAAGAGAGGACACGGCACAGAGUGCCCAGGGGGUGGCUGCUACUGAAGGGACCUCACCGCAAGUUUCUGCCUCAUGGAGAAAAUUAGCAUUUAGUUUUCCUAGUGAUUCUUUACCAGUAGGAAUUUCUCACUGUUCCACAAAUAGCAAACUGUCUUUCUCUUCUGAAAACAUCCCAGUCCAAAGCCAAAGCAUCAUGAUGGAAGCCUCAGCGCAGGAAGCAGCACGAAAGCAAAGUUUGCUCCUUCAUGCCACAGAUCUGGACUCAUCUGGGCCACAUGCAGAUGGACCUCCUCCACCCGCAGAAGUGCCAGUGUCUAGAAGCUUUCCUGCUGACAAUGUAGCCUAUGGGGGCCCGGGCAGAUCUAGUGGGGAGGCCCUGGCCGUCCCAGAAGAUGCUCCUCGUGUCCGGCAGAGCCUGAAGGAGCCACCGGAGCUGCCAUCUCAGACUCUUGGUGGUGCUUCUCAAGAUGCAGGCACUGCAGGGACUGUUCUUCCAUGCACAAUUCUCAGAAAAGAUGAAGAGACACAUGCUGUCCCCUUGGGUGGCCUCGCUGGGGCCCUGUGUUACACUGGCAUUCGGGAGACAGGAGGCGGUGACACAGAAGUGGAGGAGAGUGAGGCACCUAGCUGCAGUGAGGGGGAGAGUGAGCCCGAGGCUGCAAUGGGGGACAGACAACAGAGGAUGGCCUUUGCCUCCAGAAAAGGUUUAGGAGGUCCAGGUGCUGGUACAGCCGAGCCCAGGCCUUCCGUCGAGGUGGGGUGUCUGACCUCAGCGCUGCAGGAUUUCAACAUCAGUACCCUGUCAGAGAUCGAUGGACUCUCCACAUCAGAAGUCGUGAUGUUUCUUGAAAGUUGUCAGUUAAGAGAUUAUAGCUCAGGGGACUCUGUGUCAGAAUGUUCUAGCAAAGGAACCCUCAAUAAAGAAAUGAACAAAGAUUUAAAGACAGGUGAACUAUCAGGAGAAAAAUACAGAAAGCAGCUCUGCGAAGAAGAAACACUUGGAACCUCCGAAGAGUGGAUUGAAUCCGAGGAGGAUGACGGUCCCUUGAGCACAAGUCAGCUCACCCGGCAGUCCCUGGAAACGCUGUCCGAGGUCCUCACCAGGAUUGGACAGGAGCUUCAGACCAGCUGUGGAAGCUCUCCUGGCAAAGAUGCUGGUAGUUUACUGCUCUUAAAUAUGCACGACAGUGUGACGGCUACCCCUGUCAGAGAACAUGCCCCACCUCAGGAGGCGACUGGCUUCCCGCCACACCCUUCAGGUACGUCGCCUCCAGCCGGCAUGGCCAGCAAGGGCCAUUCACCUGCCAGCAGCACCUCGAGUAACAAAGUCACUCUGGGCAGUCCUAAAGGAGAUCCCGAGGUCACCAGCCCAGUUUGCGGUGGGGCAGAGGUUAUGUCAGAACCGGCAGAGCCCUCACCCCAGCGUUCUGACUCUGCGGCAGGGCCGACCACCGAGGGCAAUGCCGAGGAUGGGACAGAAACAUUUCAGUGUCAGAUAUCAACAGUGACCUCUGAAGUUAUAAACGUUCUGAUCAAUAAGGAUCAGAAUCUUGUCAUUGAGAAGGGGGACCACUGGACCAUCAUAAAUGGGGUAGCUCUCAUGCCAAAUGUGGACCAGGUCAUACUGUGUGACACUCCCGAAGACAUCCCUGUUUCCCCAGAUCGGGGAGGCCUGGGAUCUGGCUUCAUUUCCAUUACUUCCAUAGAGAAGUCCCCAGAGACCGAGCCCCCUGACCCUCCAUUUCAGGAGCCCCAGUGCGGUAGCAGCCUGUCCUGUGCCCAAGAGGAGAUUUCUAGCAGCAGCCAGAGCACCAACUUUGAUAAGAGUCGUUUGCGCAACAGGCCUGUCAAACCUAGUGUGAGGAUUAGUUCUGAAAUCUACGAUCAGAAUUUUGAGUCUCAGCCUGUUGCAUCUGAUCACACAUACUUUAACUCAAAACUAGAGCCAUUCAGCAAAAAUAAGAAUCGAUCGAAGAUUUCAAACAAAGAGCCGUCAAACAAGCCAGCAAAGGCAUUGGCAUCAAGCCGAGUUGAAACUACUCAGAGUGAAGGUUCUCCGUCGUUUUCAGGGGAAAGAGAGAACACCAAAACUCUGAGAACUCAGACGCAGACCAUCCUAGCCAAUGCUGACACGUCGACGCCUACAGACUGUUCUGAUACUCUGAGUAAAAUCCGGCAAGAGGUGGGGCCCCCCCUGCCACCCUUGCUCGCUCCUUUGGUCGCUACACCUCCAAGGACUUCGCAACCAGUUUCUCCUCUGAUAGCAGCUUCCUCUCCCUCCUCACCUACUUCUCCUAUUGGCCAGAUGUCCCCCUUAUGUGAAAUCCCAGUGCCUCCAAUGAUGUCUCCUUUGCCGGAAGAGCCGGGCUGCCCCUCUCCCCCAUGCACAUCCCCGUCCCCAUCCACCGCACCAGCGGGUGAGAGGAUAUUGUCGUCACCCUUGCAGUUUUGUGCUGCAACCCCAAAGCACGCUCUCCCUGUGCCUGGCCGCCUCCCCACCUUGGCAUCUGCACACACUGCUGUGGCCGGACCCCAGGAAAACUCCGUUAAAAUCCUUGACACCAUGUACCCAGAGUUGUCUGCUAGGGCCCGCACCCUCAACAUCCUCAAAGGAAAUAUCCAGCUUACUCGAGGUACACCUGCGGACCUUAAGAACUUACCAGGGCCGGUCAGCGCCAUAACAGGAUUCAAGGCAAUCACAUCGACCUCGACCGCCUUUGUUAAGACGGGGGGCAGCGCAGGGAGUGACUGUCAUCAAGAUAAGUGCAGAGAUGGGGGGACUCGCCAGGAUGCAGGUGUGAAAAGGACGUUGUCCACAUCCACACCGAGGAGUGCCAAAAGAUUGCGGCUGGACAGUGGGUCCCCAGAACCAGAGAUGGGGGGUGCCCCUGCAGAAGUCGCCAGCAAGCCCCCUCGGAGGAACCCCUCUCAAGCUGAAGGCAUGACAACAGAGGAAGAAAGUUCUCUAUUGACUGUCAGUACGGUUUCACAGUUGCCUCCAAACCCAAAAGAAACUGUAGAGUCUCACGACAAAGCCAUAGCUGAUGCACUGAAGAAGAUCGCAGAGUCGUCUUUUGAUCUCUUACCUGUCAUUCGGAGUCACGUCUAUGUGGGAAACAUCUCCAAAAAGCCCGUAAUGAGAGAUCAAGAAAAGGAAGUUGUUUAUGAAUUUAGCACAACCAAAAAGCAUUUAGCUGAGUGCUUGCUUCACUCGAUUCUCUCAGAACUAAAAAUUCAGAAGAUAUCUAUGGAGCGUAAUUACAUUCAUGCCCUCUGCAGAGUGUAUGUGGGUAUUUGUCGGCAACUUGGGGACUUGGAAAGAGCUCGCUUGUUUUGCUACAGCCUACUUAAGGAAGAUUUUCCAGAGUCUGAAAAAUUGACUUUGUUCAUUGCAAACAUGUGGCAUGAUAUAUUUAUUUCCCAAUCGGUGAUUAAUAAGGCAAUGCAGUUGGUUGCCAGGCAACGUGCUAAAGGAGAGGUUCGGAACUGUUUGAGAGCCUUUCUCAACUGGGAAAAGAAUGCUCCUGUGGAUGUGGGUUUCAUGGUUUCUAAGCUGCUUUUGACCAUACAGUUGUGUCCAAAAACAGAAUUUCAGUCCAGUGAAAAAUUUGGUGAAGACUUAAGUGAUAACACUUGGGAGUACAUAUUUGCCAUUGAUCUGCUUUGUUGCCAUCAGAAGUGGAUUUGGACACAUGAUAACAUUAUAAGUAAAGAGCUGUGGCCUGUAAUGGAUAAGUGGAUAAAAUACAGGAAAGGACACGCGAACAUCGCAUAUAUUCCUGAUAUUAUUAUAGCAUCGAUACUGAGGCUGAUUGGUCGUUUAGGCCAGCUGGGCUUGAAGGAAGGCUUCCCAUCUGCUGUGAAGAAUAUUAGUUCUGUGAUUGGUAUGUUCAUACAGCACGCCCAGGAUGAAGAUAUACCAUGGGGCAUCCAGCUGGCGGCUGUGUACGCUCUCUGUGAUUUGAGUCCCAGCAACCCAGCGGAGAUAUCCAAGAUCCUGGAAGCCUGGCGCAAAGAGACCGCGCACAGCGUGCCCUCCGCAGUGCUCAGCUGCCUGGAGGAAGUCAGCUCACUGUGCGCAGAGGAGGUCGGCUAAGCUGCGGCGUGCCACUGUGUCUAGAGAAGUGCCUUUACAUAUCUUGAGUACAAAUAGAUGAGUCUGCUCACAGAGCACAAACAGGUUCCAAAAGGAAAGACAUCGAAGAGAGACAGUGCCCAGAGGCUCUCCUCUCACUGUGGCGAGGAGACAGAAGCCAGCCGUGGCAGGGCUGCCUUUCCCCAAACCGCAUACAUUUCACUUAAGGCUGUUGUGAUUCCAUGACAUGUGGGUUGUAGUAUUGUGUCCUUGGUCAAACAACAAAAACUUGAACUUAGCCCUUUUUGCUGCAGAAAGUGUCCUUUUAGUCGCUUUUUAAAAUUGAGUGGCAUUUUAUAAUGAAUUUAAUAUAAAAGCAUUGAUUUGAUUCCUUAGCUAAUUUUGGACUUUGCGCUGAAAUGAUUGACUUAGGAGAAAAAGUAAAUUGGCUAAGAAAGAGCUAGAAGACCUCCACUGUCUUAGCUGGAAAUGGGCUACAGAAUUGUUUCUCAUGGUGUAGCGGCUUGCACCUAGUCAGAGGAAAACCCGGCAGAGCCUUAGAGACCCAUUCUAGUGCAUCUUCUUCCUGUCUCUGCAGUUCCUUAAAAGUGUCACUGUAUCAGGACAAGGGGAGCCGAAGAGUAGAAGUUCACUUGCAGGGUUUGUGUCAGCGACAUGUAUAUAGACGAUUCAGAGAUGUGCGCAGGCUCGUCUCUGUGUGUGCCGUGUACAUAUGGACAGUGCUAUAAUGUGUUUCACAUUUGAUGAUAUUCCACUUUCGGAAUUUUAGUAUUUGUACAUAGAAAAUGGGUUUAAUAACUCACCGUGGGUCUGAUUUGUCUUAUAUUCAUCAUUUCUUAAAACUCUUGUAUGUGUUUUUUAUAAUAAAAAAUAAAAGUAAGCCAUGCACA